AUGGCUCUGGCGAUGCUGCGGGACUGGUGCAGGUGGAUGGGUGUGAACGCUCAGCGAUCUCUGCUCAUCCUGGGCAUCCCGGACGACUGCGAGGAUCAGGACUUCAGGGAGGCCGUGCAGGCUGCUCUGCUCCUGGGCAGGUACCGAGUGCUGGGCAAGGUCUACAGAAAGGAGCUGGGGUCGAGGGGCCUGGUCGAGUUUGCUGACAAUUUCAACCAAUGUUUGAUUCCCCGACAAAUACCAGGCAAGGGGGGGCCCUGGACUGUGGCCUGUCUGCCCCAGGCCCCUGAUGCUGAGUCACAGGACAGACCCAAUUUCCCUGCACAGCCCCAGAGACAAGCAGUGGUUGAUGGCGCAGGUCAGGCAGGAGCCCCAGGUGAGGAAAAAGGUGCACAUGAAGUAGAAGCUGCAGAUGAGGAAGGCGCUGCAGGUCACUCAGGAGCUGCAGGUGAGACAGGAGCCUCAGGUAUGGAGGGAGCCUCAGGUGAGGCAGGAGCUGCAGGUGAGGCAGGAGCUGCAGGUGAGGCAGGGGAUGGAGGUGAGGCAGGAGUUGCAGAUGAGGAGGGAGCUUCAGGUGAGGAGGGAGCCUCAGGUGAGGCAGGAGCUGGAGGUGAGGAAGGAGGUGCAGGUGAGGCAGGAGCUGCAGGUGAGGCAGGAGGUGCAGGUGAGGAGGGAGGUGCAGGUGAGGAGGGAGCCUCAGGUGAGGCAGGAGCUGGAGGUGAGGAAGGAGGUGCAGGUGAGGCAGGAGCUGCAGGUGAGGCAGGAGCUGGAGGUGAGGAAGGAGGUGCAGGUGAGGCAGGAGCUGGAGGUGAGGAAGGAGGUGCAGGUGAGGCGGGAGCUGCAGGUGAGGCAGGAGGUGCGGGUGAGGAGGGAGAUGCAGGUGAGGAGGGAGCCUCAGGUGAGGCAGGAGCUGCAGGUGGGGAAGGAGCUGAGGGUCAAGCAGGAGCUGAAGGUGAAGCACGAGUGUCAGAUGAGGAGGGAGUUGCAGGUGACAGAAAUGUUGCAGGCGUGGCAGGCCUUCUGAGUAUGGCAGGACCCACGGGCGAGGCAAUGACUGCAGCUGAGAAAGCAGCUGUGGAAGCGGCAGCCGCCAUGGAUGAGGCAGGGCCCUGGACCCAGCAGUGGAGGCAGGCCUUGCAGCCCGUGCUAGAGAACAUGGGCUACAAGGAGCUGGGAACCUUCUCUGGGGUGGAAGAGCCAGGCCACAGGGAAGAGUCCUUUGAGAGCUGGCUGGAGCAGGCCAACGACAUGCUGCACCUGUGGCGCCACGUGUCUGAGAGGGAGAGGAGGAGGAGGCUGGUGGAGAGCUUGCGCGGCCCCGCGCUGGACCUCCUGUGCGGCCUCCUGGCGGAAGAUCCCGAGCUGGCUGCCCAGGACUGCCUGGCCGCGCUGGUGCAGGUGUUUGGGAACAAGGACCCCCGGGUGAGCGCUCGGCUGAAGUUCGUGACCUGUGCCCAGCGGCCCCAGGAGACUCUCUUUGCGUACGUGAUGCGCCUGGAAGGCCUGCUGCAGUCGGCCCUGGAGAAGGGGGCCAUCCACCCGGCCGUGGCGGACCAGGUGCGCGCCCGGCAGGUGCUGAUGCGGGCCCGGCUGAACGACCCGCUCCAGAAGGAGCUGAGGAGGAUGCGGCUGAUGCGGAGGCCUCCCGGCUUCGUGGGGAUGCUGCGGCUCAUCCAGAAGACCGAGGCCUGGGAGGCCGACCCGGUUAGCAGUGAGCAGUUCCCAGGGGAAGAAGAGGCCCGUGUGGACGUUGGAGUCCUGGCAGCAGCCGCCCAGGCCGCCCCGGCCCAUGAGGCCGUCAGCGAGGGCACCACUGCAGAUGGCACCAAGGCCUCCCCGGCCGGUGAAGAUACCACUGCCCAGGCCGCCCUUUCCAAGGAAGGUAGCGCCGAGGACCACCCAGCGCGUGAAGAGGCCAGUGAGGCAGUUGCCGGCACUGCCAAGGCUGGCGAGGCGGCCCCUGAAGACCAUGGUGCCGCCGGGGCAGCCCCUGGCCCUGGGGAGACCAGCAAGGCCUCCGCGGCCACUCAGGAAGAUGGACGUGCUCCCGCCCCUGCGGGCCUAGCUCAGGCAGGACCCUCAGAUGCCCCCGGGGCCCCCAUGCCUGGCCGGAUGGGCAGUGCUUCCCCGGUGGCCCCAGGAGGUCCGGGCUGGGAGCCAGAGGGCCUCGCCCAGGCAGGAGGCCAGGAGGCCGAGGAGCCCCCCGAGGAGGGGCUCAAGCCCAUCCCAGGAGCGCCGGGAAAUGAGGACGGGGCUGCAGAGAUGAGCCCCCCGGGGUCCUCCUCGGGCCAGUAG